UUUCAAUAUAAUCAUUUAUUUAUUAUUUUUUUUUAAAGUCAUCGCGUCGAUUCUUUAGCGCGUGGUCAGGACUUUUAAUAUGAAUUACACCGUCGCCAUGUUGUCUCCUGAUCCUUUGCUGUGCUCGCUUGGAAUUUCAAAUCAGGCGAGCCAAUCAGAAGCGACGGCAACGCGAGAGCCAAUCGGAGACCGCGCUAGUGUGCGAGCCAAUCAGAGGCGGCGCUAACGAACAGGGCAGAAUUUAAAAAUGAUGCAGUGGUUAGUGAGUCAGUGCCAGGCGUCAGGAAGAAGCACACGGCUCGCUUUGAUUGUUUUGCACGUUUAUGAUUAUUUUAUUGAAGCAUUAAUAGAGGUGGACUUGUGUUAGUAUGAGCGCAGGCAUGGCGAAGGCGGUGAAGCCUUCAUCACACGUCGACCCCAAGUCUGCUCCUCUGAAGGAGAUCCCGGACAUCCUGGUGGAUCCGCGGACCAUGAAGCGCUACAUGAGGGGACGCUUCCUGGGCAAAGGCGGCUUCGCCAAGUGCUACGAGAUCACAGACAUGGACACUAAGGAGGUGUUCGCGGGGAAAGUCGUGCCCAAGUCGCUGCUAAUGAAACCGCACCAGAAGGAGAAGAUGAGCACGGAGAUCGCCAUCCACAAGAGCCUGGACAACCCGCACGUCGUCGGCUUCCACGGCUUCUUCGAGGACGAUGACUUCGUGUUCGUCGUGCUGGAGAUCUGCAGGAGAAGGUCCCUCUUGGAGCUGCACAAGCGCAGGAAGGCCGUGACGGAGCCCGAGGCGAGAUACUUCAUGCGCCAGACGGUCCAGGGCGUUCACUACCUCCACAACAACAGAGUCAUCCACCGUGACCUGAAACUGGGCAACCUGUUCCUGAGCGACGACAUGGAGGUUAAGAUUGGUGACUUCGGCUUGGCCACCAAGAUCGAGUUUGACGGCGAGAGGAAGAAGACGCUGUGCGGCACGCCGAACUACAUCGCCCCCGAGGUGCUGUGCAAGAAAGGCCACAGUUUUGAGGUGGACGUCUGGUCCCUGGGCUGCAUUCUGUACACGCUGCUGGUGGGAAAGCCGCCGUUCGAGACGACGUGCCUGAAGGAGACGUACGUCCGCAUCAAAAAGAACGAUUACACCAUUCCCAGGCACAUUAACCCCGUGGCCACGGCGCUAAUCCGGCGGAUGCUGCACGCCGACCCCACGCUCCGCCCUUCCGUCGCCGACCUGCUCGCAGACGAGUUCUUCACCUCAGGUUACGUUCCUCUGAGGCUGCCGACGUCCUGCCUGACCGUACCGCCCAGGUUCUCUAUCGCCCCCUCCAGCCUGGAGGCCGGCCUGCAUCGCAAACCUCUCUCAACUUUUAAUAAAGAAACCGACAGUCCGAUUGAGAAAAUAGGGAAGGUGGAGCAGCUUCUGAAAGAGGAGCCAAGGGACGGACCAGAACAGCCCGACUGCCACCUGACCGACAUGCUGCAGCAGCUGACGAGCCUCAACACGGCCAGGCCAUCAGAGAGAGAGUUCAUACGGCAAGAGGAAGCUGAGGACCCGGCCUGCAUCCCCAUCUUCUGGAUCAGCAAAUGGGUCGAUUACUCCGAUAAGUAUGGCCUAGGGUAUCAGCUGUGUGAUAACAGCGUCGGCGUUUUGUUCAACGACUCCACCCGCUUGAUCAUGUACGAAGACGGAGACAGUCUGCAGUACAUCGACCGCGUCGGGGCGGAGUCUUACCUCAGCGUGCGCUCCUACCCCGCUGCCCUCUCUAAAAAGAUCACUCUGCUGAAGUAUUUCAGGAACUACAUGAGCGAGCACUUGUUGAAGGCGGGUGCUAACAUCACGCCGCGCGACGGAGACGAGCUCACGCGCCUGCCCUACCUGCGCCACUGGUUCCGCACGAAGAGCGCCAUCGUGCUCCACCUGAGCAACGGCACGGUGCAGAUCAACUUCUUCCAGGACCACACGAAGCUGAUCCUAUGCCCACUCAUGGGUGCCGUGACGUACAUCAACGAGCGCCGUGACUUCCGCACCUACAAGAUGAGUCUGAUCGAGGAGCACGGCUGCUGUAAUCAGCUGGCCGCGCGCCUGCGCUACGGCCGCAGCAUGGUGGAGAAACUCCUGGCCUGCAAAAGCACAGCCACCACGGCCUCCGCCCGCUAG